AUGGGGCUAAUGGGAACCACCAGGGAAGGCUGGGGAAACAGCAGGCAAGGGAGGAACAGGACAAGUUCACAGGCACAUCAUGGACUGAAAAGAACUCCUCAGUCCUCUUCCACUUUUCUGGUUUCAUCCAAGAAGAAUAUGGAUUUACCAAUUUUGUUUCAAGUUCCAGAUGUCUUAUCGAAGGCCAGGAGAAGCCAGAGUGACACCUUGCUGCUCAGAAACAAGCAGCUGUGCUCCACAUGUAGAGAAAUAAAAAUGGUACAACCAAGAACUAUGAUAAUCCCAGAUGAUCUGAAACUAUCCUUUGAGAAUUUUAUGAAUCAAAAGAUGAUGGGCAUUCAACCACCCAAAGCCCAGGCUGUACCCAGACCUUCCCCUGAUGACAUCCCAACAGAAAACAUUCACUACAGGCUGCCCAUUCUGGGUCCCAGGACAUCAGUCUUCCACGGACUUCUCUCUGAGACCUACAAAACUCUGCAGGAGACACAAUUGCAACUCUCUUCCUUGCCCAGAAAGGAGCCAAUCAGCAGGAAAAUGAGGCAGUGAGUGGCUUGAGCUUGUCACCUUUCAGACUCCCAGAGAGAAAACCACUUUGCCAAGCCAGUCUCUGUCACUAGUGCCUUCUACCCAUAAUUUCCUCCUAUUUCCAAAAAGAUGACUCAGUUUUGCCUUCCUAAGAAUUGCUGAUAUUCUGCCUCUUGCCACUACCAUCUCACCACUUAUCC